AUUGCUUUCUAGAAUAAGAGGGAUAUGUGGCGCAUUUAUUCAAGGGUACCAUAUGUUACUCAAACUCCCAUCACCAAUCAUUUAUUAUUUUCAACAACUUCCAAACUUUAUUUAGAAGCUGGCUUAUCAGAGCAAGACCGAGAGCGUGAACUACGAAAACUGGUUCUCCGCAAAUACAAUGGUACGAGUAUUCCUGAAAUAAAUAGCUUUGAGUAUGGCCAUUUCUCUUCUGGAGAUAUUAAUGUAUCUACUGCCCAAUAUGCAUUCCAUGAUUCAGAUGCUUCCUUUAAUGGUGAUAUAUUAUCCAACAAUGGUUGGAGAAGGAUUAUAAACAUGAUCUGGCCCAUUAUUUUUGUUGGUUUUGCUUUGAUUUAUUUUCUUAGCAAUGUAUUUCUUCGAACUAGUUAUGUUUUAAAUGGCCUUGAUCUUCCCCUAUGGUUGGCAAGCAUUGAAAGACACUCCAAAUAUAUUAUUUUUGAAAUCCAGUUUGAUGAACAAACGAAGAAUAAUUUAAAGAAAGAGUUUGAGUUUGUUCACCUCUCGAAUCCAUUUGUUGAUUUUUUUGUCUGGGUCAAGACAAGGAAGCCGGAAUUUGAGUUCGGCAUACGGUACGGACCUGAGGUAUGUAUAAAUACACUAUUGUCAUUCUUAGCAAAUACUGAACCACAUAUGCUAACGAUAUUUUAUCGAUCUAUUCAAAUGGCGUCACUUAAAAAAAACAAGUCUCCUACACAAAGGCUUGAUGAGUUCAUUGAUCAAAUUCGUUUUUCCGGAGCUGUGCUUAAUGGAUGUAUGAAUCCGAGAGCAUUUAGUUCCGAAAAUGUUGAUUGUUCUAAACCAGCACCGAUUCCUUUUGUUCAAUUACCCAUUACUGCAUCAGAAGUACGUAAUGUUAAUUACUACUAAAUUCUUGAUAUCCUACGAUUUAGUCUUCACGAAACCAAUCCUUUCCACCACUUAUAUCCUGACGAGCAAUAUUAAUCCUAAUCCAAACAAAAUUUUCAAGUUUUGUAUGUGCGUAGUGUUCUCAUUAUUCUUAUUACUUUAUAUCUAAGGAAACGUACUAUUUUUUAAUAAUUUCGUUAGCUUUUCCAAGUUGGCGAUUUUAUGUGUCCUAAAUUUAUUUGCUUGAAUUGAUGUAGUUUAUGAGUUCGUAUAAAGUACUUCAUUUUUUUCUAAAUUUUCGAUGCAUUCUUUAGGGCGAUAGAGAAAGGGACUUGCAUACAUACAUAUAUCUAUAAAUAUGUAUAUGUAUUCAAUUAAA